CCGCAAGAAAUUGAAGUCCACACGACGUAUAUUAAUUCAUAUUGGUCGCUGUCAUUCGCCGCAUCUCAUACCACCACCCAUCACAAUGGCCCCUGAUCAAUCGUUGCCGUGCAAAACUCGCUUGGAGACGUCCUAUGCAUUCUCUCGCACAUUCAAUUCCCGCAAUAUAGAGUUUUAUUGGUACCCACUGUGGUGCCAGACACUCUUCAAUCUUGUGGCAGAUGUGCCAAAUUUGAUCAUAGCGCCUCAAUUUCCAGUUUGGAUCGUAGAGCACAACAACCAACUCGAAGGUGCAGAUGAUGGUGACGAUCCUGCAGAAGUAGAGGAGAUUAAAAGGACGCCCGAGGGAGAUCAGGCUGUUGCAUGCAGUAUGCAAGUCCCAGGUGAUAACAUCGAAGAAGAUGUCGGAGACCAUGAGCCUGACUCGGAGGCCGGGGACAUUUCUUUUGCAUCAACCGUCCCGGAAAAGGAUGCUAGGAGCGUUCUGGUGGAUUUUGCAGUUGUUAGUCUGACAGCAGUGCCUCAGUCAGAGGAAAAGCUUCGCUAUGGAGGGUGGCGAAUAACGGCAGCAAAUACUUGCCUUCUCGUGGAAGUGAAAAGGUUUGCGAGCAGGAGUCUGAAAAAUGACGAGCUGGAUGCGGAGAUUAAGUUGCAUAUUGAGGAGGCUAGGUUCGAUUUGAUGGUACAAGCAGGACAUAUUUUUCUCCAAGAUAAAACCAAAGAUUCUGUCAUGGCCAUCGCCGCAGCAGGUCCUUAUUGGAGCGGUGCCACAAUUCAUCGUUACAACGUCGAAGCCAUUAUGGAUUUUCUGUCAAGCAAUGAUCCGAGCUAUCGACCCCCUGGCGAACAACUCUCUAACAAGACGCCGAAGUGGAACAAGAUUCUUCGCCUUGAUGGCACAUCCUCCACAGCAGCUUCCGAAGCCCGCUUACGUACCAUUUGCAAGAAGAUGAGGGAAAUGAGAGAUCAAAAAACGAACGCCAAGUAACGUGAUGUUCGCUGGGCAGUGGGGAGCGUUGUUGUGAACUUGGGCUUUGGUUUUUUUUUGACUAGGACUUCCCCGUUGUGAUUCGUGAAGAUAAUACUUAUUUGUUCCAAACGACAGUAGUACGAACCAACUAGUGA